GCAGUGGAUGGUCCUCAACGGUGUGUGCGCUCGCAACUCGUCUCAGUGGAGGAGAUCUGAGCAUCUCACUGUCAUUUUUCCCACCCUUCUUUAGCCCUCGUUCUUUUGCCGCCCAACCCCUACCUGUCAUCAGAGGCUCUGGAUAAAUGUGAGGGAAAAGUCAUAGGAUAGAGAGAAGGGAAGAGCUCAGGAAGUGUUUAAUCCAACAUCUCUUGCACAUAUGACUGUGUUAUGUUCUGCUGUCUCCGGGUGACAGAGAAGCUUGCGCUCUUAGAUACCUCCUGCUUUUAGAGUCGGUGCCAGAAUCACAGUGCACACUGUGUGGUGAACCAGAAGACCAGCAGUAUUCAUGGUCGCCCUCGCAGUAUUUCGAUGAGGACAGCUACUCCCCUCCACCCAGGAACAUGAAGGGUCUCUCUGGCGGCCGCCCUACCCAGCUCCAGCUUACCUCCCCCACCUCCGCCCACACCUGUGGCCUCGCUGAAUGCGACCAUUCCCUAGACCAUCAAUUCCACCAUGGUAAUUCACGGCCCCCUUCCUACCUCCUCAGCCCCACAGAGAGCUGCCCCCUUGAGAGUCACCACCGCUGUUCCCCGCGGAGCUCCAUCCACUCCGAGUGUAUGGUGAUACCGGUGUCCAUGUCGACGACCGACCACUCCAUCUCUAGUAGCACUUUCCCUCGCAUGCACUAUGGCAGCGCUUCGGACUCCCGAGAUGACGGUGGCUCAUCCUCGCACGGUGGCAGCGGCAAAAUGAACCGUAUCCCAGCAAACCUCCUGGACCAAUUUGAGAAGCAGAUGCCGCUGCAUCGGGACGGCUUCCACACGCUGCAAUACCAACGCACCUCCACCACAACCACGACCACAGAGCAGCGCAACGAAAGCCCCGGGCGAAUACGCCACUUAGUCCACUCUGUACAGAAGCUAUUCACAAAGUCGCACUCUCUAGAAGGUUCCUCCAAGAUGAACGGUACCAAAAGCGACUCACACCGGGACAGCUCACACCACCACCAUCACCACCACCAAGGCCACCACAAACACAGCAAACGCAGCAAGAGCAAAGAACGUAAAUCUGAAGGCAGCGGGAAGCAACGCUCUGGAGGUUGGUGGAGUUCGGAUGACAACCUGGACAGUGAUAGCACGUACAGAACACCCAGCGUCAUGUCACGGCAUCCUGUGGACCACAUCAGCCACUGCUACCCUGACUCGAUGCACGGCCACCUAGCUGGAGACCUGUCGCUAAAGACCUCCAAGAGUAACAAUGAUGUUAAGUGUUCAGCCUGUGAGAGCAUAAGCAUGGCGCCAGAGGGAAAGUUCAUGAAGAGGAGCUCCUGGUCUACGCUGACGGUCAGCCAAGCCAAGGAGGCCUACAGGAAGUCCUCACUCAACCUGGAGAAGCCCAUGACACCCACUGACCUCAAGCCCAACCUCAGGCCCUGCCACUAUCUACAGGUGCCCCAGGAUGACUGGGGGGGUUAUCCUGGCGGUGGAAAGGAUGAUGAGAUCCCUUGUCGUCGAAUGCGGAGCAGCAGCUAUGUUAAAGCCAUGGGGGACGAGGAGAGCGGAGAGUCGGACUCCAGCCCCAAGACAUCGCCUCAGAAGAUGGUGCGGCCCGACGCCCUGGUCAAGGCCAUCAUCAGACCCAGGGACCUGCUGGACUCCCAGAGUCAGAGCUACCACUUGCAAGCCACCAGGGACAUGCACCCAAGCAUUGCCCUGGAUCCCUCUGCCAACUACAACUCCCCCAAGUUUCGCUCCAGGAACCAGAGCUACAUGCGGGCAGUCAGCACCCUCAGUCAGGCUAGCUGUGUUAGCCAAGUGAGUGAAACCGAAAUAAAUGGCCAGUUUGAAUCUGUGUGCGAGUCGGUGUUCAGUGAGGUGGAGUCCCAGGCCAUGGAGGCUCUGGACCUGCCUGGCUGCUUCAGAACCCGGAGUCACAGCUACCUGCGAGCCAUCCAGGCCGGCUACUCCCAAGACGAUGAAUGCAUCCCCCCCAUGGCCUCCACUGUCACCUCCACCAUCAGGUCUACCACAGCCAUCAACUACACACCCAACUACAAGAAAGCCCCUCCUCCAGUCCCGCCCCGUACCACCUCCAAACCCCUCAUCUCGAUCACGGCUCAGAGCAGCACCGAGUCCACCCAGGACGCCUACCACGAGGGGAGGCACCCUCAUGGUGGGAUGUGGGCUCCAGACGGCCUCACCCUGGGGCUGAACCCCGGCAGGGCCCUCUACAACUCCACCGACAGUCUGGACAGCGCCAAGGCUGUGACCAUAGCCAUGGAGGCGGCCGGAGUGAUGUCUGGAAAAAGACACCCGUCCACAGACAGCCACAGCUCGGUGCUCACCUGUGACAAGGCCAUCCUGGUGUCCAAGGCUGAGGAGUACUUGAAGACCCCUCGGUCCUCUAUAGGCAUACAGGUGGAAGCAGCCACAGACUCUGAAUCUGAAAGCAAAGGUUCGCGGGAGUACCACUCUGUUGGGAUCCAGGUGGAGGACAACAAGAAAGGACAGGCCAGGUUCAAACGCUCCAACAGUGUGACCGCAGCUGUGCAGGCUGACAUGGAGCUGGAGGGCUUCCCUACCAUGGAGGACAAGGGCCUGCAGUUCGGUGGGGGUUUCCAGCGUCACUCAGAGCCCAGCACGCCCACCCAGUAUGGGGCUGUGCGAACCGUACGUACCCAGGGGCUCUUCAGCUACCGAGAGGAUUACCGUACCCCGGCUGAACCCCCCAGCCCCAGGGAGACCACCAGUGAGACCACUUGGCAGCUGGAACCCCCCUCCCCACGGGAGAACGCAGCCUCGUCGGGCGAGUCCGGCAGGGCGUCCCCCUCCCUGAGGAGGGAUGGGAGUUGGUUCAUGCAGCUGCUCCACACAGAGACCAAGAGGAUUGAGGGCUGGUGUAAGGAGAUGGAGGCAGAGGCUGAAGAAAAUGACCUGUCAGAGGACAUCCUAGGUAAAAUCCGAAGUGCAGUGGGAAGCGCUCAGCUGCUCAUGUCUCAGAAAUUCCAGCAAUUCUACUGGCUGUGUCAGCAAAACCUGGACCCCAGUGCCAUGCCGCGGCCCACCUCUCAGGACCUGGCUGGGUUCUGGGACCUACUGCAGCUCUCCAUCGACGACGUCACCAUGAAGUUUGACCAGCUGCAGCAGAUUAAGAACAACAACUGGAGGCCAUUAGACAGCCCAGAGAAGAAGGUGGGGGUUCAGCUCUGCACUCCACCAGCUCCCGUACCAAAGAAGACAGUUCGGCAGAGGAGUAUGGUGACGCGGGAGAAAUCCCUGGACCUCCCAGACAGGCAGCGGCAGGAGGCUCGGCGGCGGCUCAUGGCAGCCAAGCGGGCAGCCUCCUUCCGGCAGAACUCAGCCUCGGAGCGAGCAGACAGCAUCGAGAUCUAUAUUCCCGAGGCUCAGACUAGACUUUGAGAAGAUUGGGUCCGGGGCCGACACGUGUCCCUGCUCCCACUUUCAAACAACUUUAAAACUAGCCUUUUUUCUAGACUGCUACUCUCUCUACUCUUCCUUUAUCCAUCUGUUGUCUGAUCUCGAAAGCCAUCCUCAGUGCCCAUCGCCAACACCAUUGGUCUGUAGGAUGUGCCAAGCCUCUUCUCCCAUUGCCAGAAUAAGUGUUAGCAGAAAUGUAUGUCUGACAUGGGUUGGUUGGGUUUCUCCUUGGUUUGCUGGUGAUCGUGAUACCCAGCCUACAAGCUCUCUCAUCCAAUGUCUUGGAUGGGUACGUCUGUAGUUUUUCAGCAUUUGCAAAGUGCCAUUUAAAAAGUGCAGCUUUGAAAACCUACCAGCAACCAAGCCUUUGAGCUAAAAUGAGUAAAUGAGAGAAAUUAUAUUUAUUUCAAGUUGUUCAAAAAUGGUCAAAGUUAAGUAACCCUUCAGUAUUUUUCAAUAAUUUAAGGUUACAUUAUGACUCUUUUUUGUUUUCUCUGGUCUUUUUGGGGGGCAAAUGUUAAUUAUAAGCAAAAUAUCACAAAAUUGUUGUAAGUUCAAAAACUUUGAAAAGUGCCAAUGCUUGAAAUACCUCAACUAUGUGCAUGUGGCACUGAUCACCCAUUCAAGGUUAUUCAGGCAGCCCUUAUAAGCUCUGGACUGGUCAGUGUUGAAAAAUGCAGCUUUCUACUCAAUCUGGUUGUAGUCAAGCAUUUUCUUGGUCUGGAUUGGUGGAAGAAUGACAUCUGUCAGCUCAUUAACAUGCACAUUUCAAACAACUUUGCUAUAUAUCUCAUGUUCCUGUUGCCAACUUUCAAAUAUUGACAUUUACUUGAAGCUGAAAACAUGCAAGUCUUGUGCCAACAUUUUCAUUAUGUCAAUGCAGUAGAAAAAAAUAUGAAGGUUUGUGUAACUCCUUAGAUCAAAAUGUGUAGACAAUGCACUUAUGCACUUAUUACAAUUCUCUCUAUUUCCAAGGGAAAUGUACAUACCCAAGUUCACAAUAGUACUGUUGUAUUUUUUAAUUGUGAGCGGGAAGAAUAUUCAUCUAGUUAUUUUUUUUCCCUCAUGUCCACUUCUUGCCUGCCCUCUCCGUUGGUUCUGACAAAUCUAGAUUUGUUGCAUAUACCGUGGCUUGAUCACACACACACACACACACACACACACACGAAACCUCUUUACUGCUAUGUUUUCAUCGAAUAAACUUCUCUCAGGCCCUUUCAAGUAGCGCCCUCAGCCACAGUUAAUGAGGAGUGAUAGAAAAACUGCCAAAACAUAAACAAAAUAUCUGCAUAUUAGUUUCAUUAAUCCAAGAAGUGAUUUGUAAUCUUCAUAUUUCUUGAAAACUUCUGUGUUGUUCAAAGUCUCCUGAAGCAGUAUGAUAACUGCAUUCGCUCCCUCUAGGAAAGACGUAGAAAUAAUGAAACAAAAGUGGGGCAAAGGCACUCCAGAGGGUUGCAAGAAGCAAGUCCCAAAUAACUAAAACUUUGUAAGUCUGUUGAAAGAAAAUACAUGAGGAAUAGGGUAAUUUUAACUGUCUGUGAAUAUGAAGACCAGUGUGUGAUACUUUGUCACAUGAUGUAGUUAGCUAGAUAUUGUUUGCCUUUGAUUACCAUCACAAUGUGGAGUUGUACCAAUUGCACUAGCUCUUCAUGUUAGCUUUGUUAGCUUUGUUAUAGCAAGUGUUUAAUGCUAAGUGGAUAUUUUUACAUUAAAUUAAAACGGGUUGACCACACAAACAAAGUCUGUAGAUUAGUUGAUAUGAAAUACUUUAACUAACUGUUACCCAGCUAACUGAACCUAAGCUAGUGUUAGCCUGCUAAUAUAUAGCUAGAAUUUGAGGAGUUUAUUUGACAUAUCUAACCUGACACUGCAUCAAACUGUUUUUAAUAGUGAUGUAAACUGUAAAGAAGUUGAAUUACAUUUGGUUAAAAUAACACAACACGCCUCAAAUUACAUAAAAGUAUGCUAAUACCAUACAGGCUAAAUGACCGUUAGCAUAAUCAUUCGAAACGGCACAAAUACUGCUAACUCUGAAACGCAUAUUUCUAAUUUAAAUGCUUGCUAUCACAAGUCGUAGACGUUUUUAUGGUGUAACCUGAUUUAGUAGAUCACUUAUCUGAAAGUAGCCAGUAGUUAAGAAGUAGUUAAAGGACUUAACAAACAACUUAGUGGUGAAUUUACAAAUACCAGGUGCAACCCAAUUAUAGUACAUGAGGUGAAAGUGGAUAAUGGAAUUAUGAGUGCUUGGAGAAGAGUCUCUAGUGGUCAUAACAUUUACUUUCAGGUAGUUAUAAGUAAAAUUUCUCAUAUAAGUAAAAUCAUCUUGAGGAAAAGCUAAAAUUCUGCUGCUCUUUAUUGCCACGUUUUGGUGCCAGAACAUCAGUCUAAAUUGCGUUGCCAAUAUUAUAUUCAAAUCACUGACCUAAAAACUGAAGUCUAUUGGUAAAAAUGUUAGAUAAUCAUUGAACUAAAUGGUGCUGCUUUUCAUUUAAUAAAUACAGUACUAGACAAACAAUCAAUGCAACACAAUGCACUGUCAACUGUCGAUACAUCACACAAAAAUCUAUUUUUAUGACUUUUUGGUUGAGUGAUUGUGCCAGUGUUCAUUAUGGGUAGGGCAGUGGAGAUUUAUCAUAUCGCAGCAACAAGUACAUUUCUCUGAAAAUGAACAUUUUGUGUGUACGUGUGUGUUUUGUUGAUAUGUGUGCAUGCAUCUUGUUUUUGUAGCACAGUGCUGACACAUUCAGAAAAGAGGGGGUGAAUCUGGGGUCAGUGUGGCUUGAUUUCCCUAUUAGUACCCAACAGUGGCCUGACCUACAUGUCUGACACACACACAAAUACACAGUCAUCAGCACGCGGUUGAAACACAUUUUGGAUAUAAAAACAUACCAUAUUAUUUACCUUUUUUUGUUCUAAAAAUCCCAUUUUUAAUCCAUAUGCAGGACUCUUAUUGAAUGGCCACGUAUACUGUAGAUGUGUUUUACCCUAAUUUGUUACAAUUGUUCCAACCAACCUUUCAUUACACCAGAAUGCAUGAGUUUAGUUGUCAUAAAUUCUUGUAGCAGAGCUCAGACAAUACAUUUCAGAGAGCUAAGAUUCAGUCCAACAAAUCAAGUAACCAAAGUCAGCAGUCGAGUGUUUUAAAAAAUGCAGUGCAAUACUUCAGUUAAAGAUUGGGCUAAGUGUUAGAUUACAUACUUAAUACUUCUGCUGGGUGUUUUUUAUGCAGAGGCAGGGACCUUUAACAGUAUGACAGUAGGUUUCUGGAAAGCGUCCGGGCGUACGAUGCCAGGCAGUUGGCAAAGCAGAGACGUUCCCCUGCUGUUGCCACAGUGGCAGGCAGACUGGAGAGAGACAGACUCGGCCUGACAUAUGCUGGCUUAGAGGAGACGAGAGCUCCGCACUGAGCCUCAAACUGCUGGUGUUGUAUGCUGUUGUGUCGCUGGAAGGCUGUUCUGUGAGGAUCGCUCGGCGCUGUGCUGGGUGCUUUUCAGCCUGCCUUUGACUAAGCAAAGCAGCUUAUGUAAGAUUUCGGGUCCUUGGUGAGAUCAAGCAAACAGCCUCAGAGGCCCGUCAAAGCUUGUGUUGAUAAAUGUAUUGCUGAAUAGUGGCCUAUACUGUAGAACUUAAGCAUCAGCACUACACGUGUGUCUAUCAAUCUGUGCUCGGCUUGUUUCUCUGAACGCUGUCAUUGAAACAACAGAGGAGUUUCUCUCUUAUGCAAAUUGAUUAGGGCUGUGAAGUGUAUCCACCACAUUGGUUCAGUUUGAGGCUUAACUCUUGCUCCACCAAGGGGCAUUUACACUAUUGCAUUAAACUUUUUUUUCUCCGAAUUAAACCAUGUCAAACAUAUUCAAAUUCCAACCCUGUUUUCUUAAAAUUAUAUUCCCAUACAAUAAAACUGAAUUCUCAUUUAAGUUUCGAGGGAAACAUACUAUUUCCUGGAUAACGGUGGCAGUUUUAAACACAUGGUUAACAUUGUGAAUUGAAACAAAACUACUUGGGUUAGGUUUUGGAACAGAUAAAGCGAUAACUUUGUUACGUAACCUGUUUCUACGUAACAUACAUGAGCAAAAAAGAUUAAUAUUGGUUUCACAGCAGAGGUCGCAAACAGUGGUCACCUGGGAGAGAGUCUGUGUUUGAUUGAAGUGCUGGUUAAAGUGUGUUUUACAUUUAUUACAUAACUUAUGUUAGCAAAUUUAGUCAAUGUUGGUCACCAGACAUGAACAGCACGGUAUGGUUGAAAUAAGUAUGUUUGUUAUAUAACUUCGAUUCGCAAAACAAGUCAACAUAGAUCUAGAACAAGAACAGAGCUGUUCUUGGUGAAAGUUCGGUGUUUGUUUGACGUAUGUUUGUUAAGUAAUUGAUUAAAAUAAGUACAUAUUUACAAAACUUAUGUUAGCACAACACAACCCGAUUCCAAAAAAAGUUAGGACACACACAUAAUAAAAAAGGAAGGCAAUGAAGGCUACGUUCAAUUGAACACAGUACAAAGACAAGAUAUCUAGUGCUGAAACUAGGAAGCUUUCAUUUUUUUGUAAAUAUAUACACUCAUUCUGAAAUGGAUAUAUUCUGUGGGGGGUUUUUGCACAGCAUCCCAACUUUUGGAAUGACGGUUGUAAGUCCAUCCAUCCAUACCAAACUAUGGACUUAUUUUUGAUUGGUCAACAACAAACAUAGUCCGGCAGAAAAUACUUUCCCUUCCUAACAUAAUUGACAAUGCAGUUUCACCUUAUGGGAACUUAAUUUUGGGGAGACUGCAAAUUGUAUAGUGGCAUCAGUUUAAGAAGUCACCAGAAAGCAGAAAAUCUUGGAAUUUGUGCAGUGGAGACACAGACUUUACUACAUCUACAGUUUCAGUAACAGAUAAGAACUAGGCUCUCAGAACGAAUACAUUUAUUUUGAAAACCAUUCCCUUUUAGGAAAAAGUAUCACCUUGAGGCUCUCUCCGAGCCAUUUUCUAACCUACAAAGAAAAUCUCUCUGCUGUAAUGGCUGGGUCAAGUUUGUCUCCCAGUGAAAAUCAUUUUCUAUCUAUGAAAAGUUUUGAACCUUUUCACUCAUUUUGUCCAACUAGGACGAACACACCCAAACAGACAUAAGGGUCUCCUGUUACAGAUCUUGUACGUCCUUGAACUUUUUCUCAGUUGGUGUUUUACAUUGGAUCCCUUCAGUGGACAUACACUUGUGUGGUGUGCGAUUGUGUGAAACUGUGAGCAAUGGAGGAUUCAGUGGUGAUUCAUCUGUGGUGAAAUUCUGGUAAUUUAACAGCUAGUCACCCACCAAAACCUUGGGAAAACCCCAAGGGCAGAAAAUUGCACCGGUGUCUCAUUUAAUGUCAUGAGGGCAGCAAUUAACUACAAGUGCCAUCUUUUUUGACUUAUCCAGCAUACUGUAAAAUCAUUACAGCCACAUUAUCCUUCAUCGAUUUUAUGUAAGCAAAUCAUUCCUGCCAUCACCUACCUUUUCCCAUUUCCAAUCACAUAUUUCUAUCAUUUCAGCUCGACAUCUGUGGCCUCACUUCUGGUACGACUGUCUGCUUUUAACUCUAGAACCCGUGAUGUGAAAUAUUUCAAGGGGACUUUUUUCGUAACCAUGCAGUGGAAAGAGCAUCAGACUCACUGAGAUACAACACUUCCUUGAACUUGGAAUGUGAAACCACUCUAUAAUUACUAGAUAAAAAUGAAAAAGGUAGUCGUUUAGCUAAAACUAUUUUCAUCUCUUGUAUAUCAUAUCUAUAGUGAGGAUGAAUAUAAUGCCAAAUAUUCAUUAUUUGUAAAGAAAUAUAUAUAUAGAUAUAUAAAUAUAUAAUAUAUGCUUCAUUGAAACAUCACUAUUUUCUGCAUUUGCUCAUGUUUUGUUGUCAUUUUUACUUUGUUAUGGUUAUUUUAUAAGCUGAUAUGAUGGCAUGCGAAAUACUGUUUCUGAAUGUAGGCUUAUUUAUUAAUUUUGUUUUGUUAAAGAUUAUGACACUGUCCCACUGAUAUGUUAUGUAUUUAUUUAAGUCAAUCACAUAUGCAUUUCUCAAUGUGUGUUAUUUCAGUGCAAGUUACAGUAUCAUUGGGUUAUUUUUGUAUUAUUUGAGUAGUUUGCAACAACAUAUGCAUUUUCCCUUCAUUCUUUCCUAGCUGAGCUAUUGAAAGAUUUUUGCCUAUUUGAGUAGUUUGAUCAUUGCUGAGGUCAUCCAGUGUAAAUAAUUCUGCAAUUAAAUUUU